AUGACACUUUCCCCCAUCUACGAUGCUCCAGAGUCGCGCCACAUUGCCACACCAGCCCUCCAUCAGCACUGGCAAGUCUCGGACCCGGAUCUGACUCGUGGUGUUGUGACGCCUUCUGCUCUGGUGCCUGACACCGACCGGGCGCGUCGCAUCUUAGCAUUCCUUGCCGACCCGAUUUGCUCGGCUUCUGGCCUGGCUAGCAAGGACGUUUAUCCCGGGAACUACACGGCGCAUAUCCUGCCGGCGGCCGAAGCAGGCAUCCGUGAAAAGAAGGACACAAUUCGGCCGUGUGCUUGGUUGUCGACGCGGCCAACGUUGGGCGUCGGGUCACAGCAAGGGUAA